GACAUUUGCUCAGUACAUCUCUCUCUCUCUCUCACACAGUCACAUGUUUUGGUAUAUUUUAACUUUGUUGAGAGAACAGGAAGAUUAAAUUACAUUUUACCAUUAGAGUUGAACGUUCUAUAAACUUACCCAGAGCAGUAAUUUUCCACAGUGUUAAAUGUCCUGGUGUGGAAAGAAAAUCCAGAGUAGGCCUACUGGUUACACCAAAAUGGUAUAAUUGUGUAAUGACAGUUAGUAAUGUAUUUUCUAUAGAUUGCAAAAUUGCCCAGACACAAUGUUUUUAGAUAACAAUAAUGAGCCAGGGGCUGCAUCGCACCCAUAUCGGUGCACACUCUCUCAUUUUACAGUAAACAGCUAUUGUUAACAGUAACCCCCUUUGGGAAGGACUAAUUAGUUAUUGACUUUCAUAAACAUGUGUGUUUUUGGCUACAGUAACCCUAAUCAAGACAUUGCUUGAGACAAUGAGACAUUGAGACAUUGCAUAUGUUAAUUGACAUAUGUGAAUAAGUACCAAAAUGUGUCCACCAUGUUAUUCUAACCAUUGUAAUGUGUUAUAUAUUCCACUAGAUGAGGCUGCUGCAUUACUAUUUUCUUCACCCCCCAUGGCCACUACUAUCACAGACUCACAGAAGCCUUUCUCUUUGGACCCCUACCAUGUCUCUGAGGAAUUUGGCUUCAUCCUUCCUGCACCCCUGGCAGAGUUGCCGCCAUACUACCAGCCCUGGAUGGACAUUGCCCAGCAUGUUACAGAGCUCAUUUACUCUCACAUGCUGCGCUCCCACAUUCUCAAGAUGCCCCUGCUGAACACCCAACUCCUGGAGAGCCACAGAGAGCUGCGUCUGGCCCACUUGGCCCUGAGUGUGAUGACCAUGGGUUACGUGUGGCAGGAGGGGGAGGAUGACACAGUCAAGAUGCUUCCCCGCAACCUGGCCAUUCCAUACUGUGAGGUGUCUCAGCGCCUAGGACUUCCUCCCAUCCUUACCCAUGCAGACGCAGUACUGGCUAACUGGAGGAAGAGGGAUCCACAGGGACUGUUUGACAUGGAGAACUUGGAACUGCUUGUCACGCUACCUGGUGGGGACAGUGUGAGAGGGUUCUUCAUGGUCACUCUGCUAGUGGAGCUGGCUGCAGUGCCAGCCAUUAAGAGUAUUCCUUUGGUUAUUAAUGGGGUCCAGUGCGAUGAUGCUGAGACUGUAACCAGAGCACUAGAGGAAUUCAGCCAGGCCAUACAGGGCAUGACAGAUGCACUUAAACUGAUGCAUGUGUAUGUCAAACCAGAAGUCUUCUAUGGCAUUAUGAGGAUCUAUCUGUCUGGGUGGAAAGACAACUCCUCCAUGCCAGCUGGGUUGGUGUAUGAGGGCGUCCAGGCAGAGCCUAUGGAGUAUUCUGGUGGGAGUGCUGCCCAGAGCAGUCUGCUGCACUGCUUUGAUGAGCUGCUGGGUGUCAAACAUGAAGCAAUGAGUGGUAUCCUAAAGAUGUCAUUUCCCGUGAGGGUGAAUGUGCUAUCUACAUGUACAGGUGCCUUUCUGACCCGUAUGAGGAACUACAUGCCCCCUUCCCACAAGCGUCUGAUCCAGGACAUCUCUCUGCAGCCCUCCCUGCGAGGCUUUGUCCAGCAGCAGGCCUGUGAGCCGUUAACCGCAGCCUUCCAGCUCUGUGUGACCAAGCUGCUUGCCCUCCGCAGCUACCACAUCAACGUGGUCAGCCGCUUCAUCAUUGUGCCUGCUGCCCGUGCCCGACAGCUCCGAAACCAGGGGAACAUUUCCCAGGAGGAGACUGUCAGCAGGGCGCCCACGGCACUGGAGGAGAAGGGCACUGGCGGCUCGGGCAUCAUGAGCUUCCUAAAGACUGUAAGGGAUCGCACACGGGACGUCUUUAAUCUAAAAUAGAAUGUAAAAUAUGUAUCGGAUGACUAGUCCAGACCGACUGUGCUCAUACCACAAUCCCCAAUUCCUGCAUGAGGGUCAGACGCCUUGACUUUUUCUACAUUUUGUUAUGUUUAAGUAUUAUUCUAGAAUUGAUUAAAUAGCCUUAUGUUUUCAUCUUCUGUUUGACGAUAAUGGGACGGACGAAAGCAUCACACCAAAUUCCAUCAGAGACAUGCCAUGAGACAUAAAGUGUUCAGGAAAAACGGGCUUAUUGUUAAUGUCUGUAGUCAUUGUGUAUACAAUUUAUUUCCAAGUAGGGCACUAACAUUUUUAGCACAGUAGAUAUAAACUGCCAUUGUAUGUCCUCUAUAUAAAGGUGUCUUAUCUCCAUCAGGGAGUUAUUUCAGAACACAAUGCAGUGGAGUGAAGCUCCAUCAGUUACCAGAGAUAUUCCUUCACUCCUCUAGACCAGCGCUCCUCCUGCCCACAUACAACCCUCACAUGCCCCAGCUAUCACUUCCUGGAGUGAUAAAGCAUGGAAUACCCAAAGAAAUAAAGAGCUGGAUUGUGCCAUGAAUGGCCUGUGUGCCGUGGCAUUAUCUUCACCUUUCCUGGCUCGCCUCCAUUGGCGUUUCAUUACAAUAACUGUCAUGCACCAUCAGAUAAAGCUGGUGAUGUGUGUCAAUCUGCCAUGGAAAUCCAAUUCCACAAACGUGACUGAUCUAUCUUACCCUCCCUCUUCUCCCACAUACUGAAUAGGGAGGACAUGCAAAAACAAGAGAUUGUCAUUGAGGGGAAAAUGAUAUCAGGCAUCUGUCCCAAAAGCCAUGUUUUUAUGGGCUGUAUACUAGUUAUUUUUCACUAAACAAGCAAACAGGGAAGGAAAGAGCUCCUUUACUUACUCACACAUACCUCUUUUACAAUCGGAGAAACUGAGUAGUAAACAUGACAGGAAGGGAGGGACGGUCAGACAGACAGACAUACAGGAGAGUAGAGUAGAGAAUAAGAAGGGAGGGAGAGAAUUGGGUGGCGAGAAAUAAAAUACUGCACUCACAUGUCGCAGUGAUCUGAUUAGAGCCCUCUUCUGCAGCCAAAGCAAAUAAUCCCUUCCUUAUUACCUCAGCGUGGAGGAGUCCCUGACAACCCUCCAGUAAACACUGGCCAUCUCUAAGGAUCUGUUCAUUGUGUGUCCGGGCCUGUUAGGCCUGUCUGUCACGUGGGAGAGGGUUCAGUGGAGCUUUUUCGGGGGACGUGAUAUACAAACACACACAAAAACAUAUGCACACCCUUUAUUCUUUCAUAUGUUGUUAAUUCAAGGUGAGUCCAUUGUAUUGCCUAUGUUGUUAUAAAACAUUUGCGAUCACAAUGGAAAAACUACAUGGUGAAACCCCACCUUAACCUAUGGCCAUGGAAAUCAACCUAGAGCUGGGGGAUUUAUUGGUCUCUGUCCUCAUUCUGUAGUAUUGGUACAAGGUCCUGUAACAGCUGUCAAACCUCCAUAAGAUAAUGUAAAUUUAGUAAUAUUGCUGUCAAUGAUUGUAUUGCACUGUAUUAAACAACCUGGAAUUUCA